CCUCCAUCCUCCCCCUUCCCCCCUCUCCGACUUGGCGCACCUCGGGGAGCACUUGGAAGGCAGCCCCCCUACCGAACCCCGGACGCAGAAGAAGGCUUCCCCACCAAUUGGCACAGACCAGGCCGUCAAACGCACGCAGGUUAACCCACCGACGAAAGCAAGCUGGGCCGAAGUCGGGGGCCAGCUUGCCCGUCUCUACGCCAGUAAAAAAUUUCCCAAUUCCAAACGCCUUUUUUCGUCGUGGAAACUCUAUCCUUCAUCAUCUCUCCCUUCUUUCCUCACACACGGAUUCCCUCUCCACUCUCCUCAUCCCCCUCCCCAAAGAACACACAGUCAAGAUGGCCUCACGCAGCUUCUCCAAGGCGCUUCGCUCGCCAAUGGCUCGCCAGUUGGCGGCCAAGCCUGCUACCCAGCAGCGCACCUUCGUUGCUGCCCGCAACCUCGUCCGCGCCUCUGCCCAGGUUAACAAGGCCUUCGCCGCCCCUGCUCAGCAGCAGGCUCGCGGUGUCAAGACCAUGGACUUUGCUGGCCACAAGGAGGUUGUCUAUGAGCGUGCCGAUUGGCCCCAGGAGAAGCUCUUGGAGUACUUCAAGAACGACACUCUCGCCCUCAUCGGCUACGGCUCUCAGGGUCACGGCCAGGGCCUGAACCUCCGUGACAACGGCCUGAACGUCAUCGUUGGUGUCCGUAAGAACGGUCAGUCCUGGAAGGACGCUCUGCAGGAUGGCUGGGUCGAGGGCAAGAACCUCUUCGACGUUGAUGAGGCCAUCUCCCGCGGUACCAUCGUCAUGAACCUCCUCUCCGACGCCGCUCAGAGCGAGACCUGGCCCGCCAUCAAGCCCCAGCUCGUCAAGGGCAAGACACUCUACUUCUCCCACGGCUUCUCCCCCGUCUUCAAGGACGUCACCAAGGUCGACGUCCCCACGGACAUUGACGUCAUCCUCGUCGCUCCCAAGGGCUCUGGCCGCACCGUCCGCUCCCUCUUCCGCGAGGGCCGUGGCAUCAACUCCUCCUUCGCCGUCUACCAGGACGUCACUGGUAAGGCCAAGGAGAAGGCCCAGGCCCUCGGUGUCGCCAUCGGCUCCGGCUACCUCUACGAGACGACCUUUGAGAAGGAGGUCUACUCUGACCUCUACGGCGAACGUGGCUGCCUCAUGGGCGGUAUCCACGGCAUGUUCCUCGCCCAGUACGAGGUCCUCCGCGAGCGCGGCCACUCCCCCAGCGAGGCCUUCAACGAGACCGUCGAGGAGGCCACCCAGUCCCUGUACCCCCUGAUCGGUGCCAACGGCAUGGACUGGAUGUACGAGGCCUGCUCCACCACCGCCCGCCGCGGUGCCAUCGACUGGACCCCCAAGUUCAAGGACGCCCUGAAGCCCGUCUUCAACAGCCUCUACGACGCUGUCAAGGACGGUUCCGAGACCAAGCGCUCCCUCGAGUACAACGGCCAGAAGGACUACCGCCAGAAGUUCGAGGCCGAGAUGGAGGAGAUCCGCAACCUGGAGAUCUGGAGAGCCGGCAGAGCCGUCCGCUCUCUGCGCCCCGAGAACCAGAAGUAAACGGUUCGGUAUUGUAUUUUUUGGCUUUGGGAGAAGAUGAUGAAAAACAUAUACUCGGGAUUGGGCCAUUUCCUAACCACUGUACCGGGGACGGGGGACUUUUGUACUUUAUAUGACCGGAUUCGAGGGGAUCUGGGCUUGGACAAAAGUUUGCAUCUUGACUUUUUGGGAUCCUUCAAUACCAAUUUUUUUCGCUUUCCAUGAUAGCGCGCAAUUGUGAUGCUGUCCCAAAACCACCCAAAAGAUGGGGAAAAAUGAAAAAGAGAGGUCGGGCGGCUUAUGCAGGGACCACAUGGGGCUCUGACUCGCCGACGGCCGUCGAGACUUUCCCGCAGCCUGCGCUAGCGGGCACGACGCAAAUUGCAUACCCCACGCACCCCGGGGGGUUUCUUUCUUUCUUUCUUUCUUUCUUUUUCAAUUUUUUUAAUACAGGAAUUGAG